AUGCUUUACCCGGGCGUUGCCUUUGGCUUGGCCAUCUUUGUCGGCUACCUGCUUUUGGUCCGCCAUCUUCGUUACCAGCGUAUUAAUGCGCUCCUAAAAAAGUACCCGGACCCGACCUUGCCUUUGCGCGACCGCAAUGUGGCCAAGGAGGUCUCUUCAAACUUUGCCGAUAUUGAUUUCCCAUUCCUGAACGUGGUGUCACUCGAAUUUGCGCUCUUCAAAACCUAUGCCAUCCCAUCCAUCUCCAAGAUCCUGGCGGCCACCCGGCAGUUCAAGGACAGCUGCUCCAAGCGCACGGAAGACACGACACUCAUUCUUCAGGAGAUGUCGGAGGGUUAUGCACGGAAGCAGUUCCGAGAGAUAAUUGAACGCCGGGUGGACGAAGAGGAGGACAAGAACGACGAGAGACGAGAGUUCAUUGCGACGGAGCGGCUGAACUUCAUUCAUGGACACUACCCCAUUAAGCAGGAGGACUAUCUGUACACUCUGGCCUUGUUUGUUUUGGAACCUCACAUCUGGAUUUCACGGUUCGAAUGGCGGGAGUCGACAGAGCUGGAGAGAAACGAAUAUGAGCGUUCACAUAUGGUUUAUGCUAACACGAACGUCGCCAUCGCUGAAGUCACAACGGACCUUCUCCUCUCGCUCGCCCCGUCCUUCACCCAUGCCUUUGGCCGCCAGGUCGUUUCUGCUUUGCUCAGCGACCGUCUCCGCACUGCCUUUGCCAUCCCACCUCCCCCAGCCGGUCUCACCACCGUUAUCGUUGGUGCUUUGAAACUCAGAGCAUUCUUUGUCAGACAUUUCAUGCUUCCUAGACGUUACCCAAAUGUUCGGACUGCAUUGAGAGCCAACGAAGAGAACAAGUACGUGCCAUUGUGGAACAAGUACGCCCCCGUCUAUCCUGACGGCUACAAGGUCGAGGACUUGGGUCCCGCCAAGUUUUUGGGAAAGUGUCCCAUGUCCCUGAAGGGCAUCGUCCAGGACACCACGCAUGUGGAGAGCAGGUUCAAGGCUGUAUAA